AUGGAGGCGAGAGGGCAUAUGCAGGAGGUGGCGUUGGACGAUGCCGAGUAUGAUGAGGAUGGACGUGUGCACGAGGCGCAGGACGACGUGGCCUUUGUCGAUGUUGAUACCGAUGAGGGCGAUGCAGGGGAGCUUGGUGAGCUUGAGACCAAGCGAGCCAGCAGCCAAGGCGGAGCAAGCCCCCAGGGCUAUGGUCAAGCCACGCAGUAUCUCAAUUCACGGGUGGCUUUGGGUGGCUGAUGGAGCUGGACGAGGACGAGGAUGACGAGGACAGUCGGCGACCCCUCUUGGAAGAGCUGGACAUUGAUUUGCCCAACAUUAUCUACAAAAUUCGCUGUGUUCUCGUGCCUUUUGGCAUGGAUCGCUCACGUUUGCGCAAUGAUCCCGACUUUUGGGGUCCACUGCUUGUGGUCAUCCUGUAUGCCGUGUUUAGCCUCUAUGGUCAUUUAUCAGUGGUGUCAUGGAUCAUUACCAUCUGGAUGGUGGGCUCUAUUCUACUCUUUGUUCUUGGACGCGUGUUGGGGGGCGACACGGGCUUUGCUCAGACGUUGGGCGUGGUGGGCUAUAGCGUGUUGCCUUUGAUUCUGACUGCAGCGCUGGUCACCUUGCUGCCGCUGCCGGAGACGCUGCACGUCAUGCUCAAGGACGACAGGCAUAUGGAGAAGCCGGGUGGGCCGGGGGGUCGCGUUCACUGGCUGGAUCUGAUUUCCACUUGGCACGCGUGGAUUGGAUGUGUGGGAUUGGGUGACUGCAACGGCCGUGAGCAGGACGGGGUUGGUUGCGAGUCAGUCAUGGGCAAGGAGGAAGGACGAGAGCCCUCCGGGUCGGGGGCGGAGGAGGCGGUGUGGCGGUUACCCGAGACCACGGACGUGAAGCAGGUCAUGCCGCAGGUGCAGGCACAAGCACAGGCCGCCACCAAGCUACAGCAGCAUCUGAAUGGCCAGCAGAAGCAGUACGAGCACGACCUGGCCUUUUUGAGUAAGCUUUGCAAGCUCGAGCAGCAGCAUGCCCAGGCCAUGGCAGACUUGUGUCGCAAUUACGAGCGCACUGCUCCAAGCAUCAAUGCCUUCUGGUCCAUGGGCUCUUGGUCGCGAUCCAGCGAGGUCGCUGCCGAGGGACGAGCCGGACGCAGUGGAAGCGAUGCUGGUCGGAACAGUGGUGGUGGUGGUGGUGGUGGUGGAGAGGCUGGCAGCCCAGCACAUUCGUCCGAGAGAUCACACGUGACGCCCGUUCCAGGCGCUGCGGUGGAUCGGCCAGCCAUGAAGACGUUUGUGCAGGAGCUUCAGAGUCACGCCACGGUUCAGCUGGAGGCGAUGCGUGAGUGGGAGGCCGGGUGCUUGGAGCCCCUGACGGCUGCUCUGGGGGACAUGCGACAGACUCCCACGGCCAUGCAACUGGUCAACAAGCGCCUCGGCGCUUUGCAAAAACUCCUGACCAAGCUCGAGGUGGAGACAGGCUUGUACCGAUCCAAAAUGAUUGAACUACAGGAGGACGAGCUGCUCGCGGCCAGCGCCUACUUGCCCACUAGUGCCGAGCAUGCAAUCAUCAUGUCGUCGCAAACUCCGUAUCAAACGGAGGAGGGCGUCGGCACCCUCCCCGAUUCUGUCGAGGACGACCUGGCCGAGCCUGAUGCCACACCAGUGGUAUCAGCAGCCGAUUCUAAAGUCGCUGCCACGGCCACCGCCACGGCCACUCAGCCUGCUCAGCCGCGUCGCUUGCCCGACACACUGACAAUCCCAGGAGCCACGUCGUCGACCACGGCCCCGCCGCUUGUCCCUCUGACACCCCCGCAACGUCGGCGCAUUGCCAAGAUUCAAAGUCCAGCUGUCCAGGCCUCCACGCGCGAGCGCCACCUGCUCACCAAGACCUACCAGAAGCUGUUGGGUGAUUACCAGCAAGUGCAUGACGAGGUAUGGUUCGGUUGUGGCCCUACUCCCCACGAGUCAGCCAGCGGCCUGCUGAAACUAUCGCGGCCUGCUGAAACUAUCGUGGCCGCUCAUUUUCCACUUGCUCCUAAACGGGACCAGAGAGGAACGCAGGGUCACGCCAGCCUUAAUUUGUUACGGUUCAAUCACAAUGUCAUCCCUCCGACACAAAGGCAGAGAGACAGAGAGAGAGAGAGAGAGCCGCAGACCUCAGAAGAGAGACGGCAGCGGCAUGUCAAGCGACGAGCAUCCCAGCUGCCGCCCACAUCAAGCAUCAGGCACUGUGUGCAGCAGCUGACAACAAUUUCAUCCCACUCGCCCACUCAGUCCUGGCGGCAGAUAUCAUCACUCACUCGCCGGCUAUCAAGAGGUCUCCCAAAAACGCUUUUCUCAGAGGCUGCCACUUACUCGAGCACCGCGCGCAGCGACGCCUUGGUCCUGCCUGCAACCAGCCCCGUCGUCAUGAAUGGGAGCGCCACUCAACCUUUGCCAGCCCGGCAGACAUUGACGCCUCCCUCUUCUCCACGGGCCAAGCCCAAGCGCAGUUCAACGGACAUGACCAUCUUUGAUCAAUUCCUUCCUUUGCUUGCUCGCGACCUCGACGACGAUAUUGAGCGUCGAGCCUCAGGGGACGAGUCUGGCCGCAACAGCGCCAAGACAGUCACCGAUGACGUAGAGAAGCUGGGAGCCCAAGGCAAUGACCAAACUUCAGCCCAAAACCACGCUCAACCCCCAGCAAGCGAAAACGAGCACAACGAGCCCGUUGCCGACCAAUCCGUCCUUGCUUCACCCACCUCGCCCACCUCGCCCACCUCACCGACAUCGCCUUCGGUGCCCACCUCCCCGACUUCGCCCACUGCUCGCCCACAAUCCCCCGGCUCGCGUGGCUCUCGCAGCCCGCUCCCCGACGAUAAGCCACUGGAUGAUGUGCUCCGCCCUCGCUUUUCGUUGUCGCACAAGUCAUCCAUGACCACGCUGGAGGAAACUGAUGAUGAAGACGUUUUUGAAGAGGAAGACGAGGAAGAGGCAGCAGAGGCCCCUCCCAGCCCUACACAGCGUUGCGCGACAGACAGCGACGCUUCUACUCUCACGGCGUCGCCACUGCACCGCCCUUCGCUGGGCCCUAUGUUGAGCCUGAGUCAACAUGCCAGCAGCUCUGAGCUGCAGACCGCCAUGGACACCUCGGGGGCGUCGUCCGGCUCCAUGGGCGUCUCGAGCAGCUCUGCCAGUCCUAGUGCCGACGGACGUCACCUACCCAAGUCACCGCUGAACCCGGCCAGGUCUCGCUUUCGGUCUUCUUCGCCCUUGCGCGCCUCGCAAUCCGCCCCUCGCUCGGGCUCGGUCAGCGAACAGAGCAGCAGCACCUCGCUUCGCUCUGAGCAGUCGUACAUCUCCUCAGCGACUUCGGCCACCUCCCGCCGGCGCAAGCCCUCGCAAGCUCAAACCGAGGGUGAAGACUUUCUCGAGGUGACAACUGUGCGGGCGCUCAACUUUCUGAGCCGCGCCAAGGGACCCCAGCGCCAGGGCUUGCGCUACAUCCGCACCGUUCUCCGCCAUCAUCAAAAGUGGAUCACCUCCGAUGCACUGCUGCGGGGCAUGGUGCGCAUCUAUUGCAACGACGACCAAGACGAAGCUAUUGGCGCCGAUCGAGAUAGCGUGCGGCUCAGUGUCGUCACUUUUUGCACGUGGUGGGCCCGCGAGGCCAAUCUAGCUCAGGCCACGCUGCGCCGCAUUGAGCGCUUUCUCGAACAGCUUCCCACCAUGGCGGAUCUGACCAAGCCAGAGGCGCCCAACUUGCAUUUGGAGAGAAGCGACAUUUCCAUCGACUCUGAGGCCUUGGCCAAGCUGCUCUUCAGUCUGGAUCUUGAGUACUACAAGCGUGUCACUGUGGACGAUCUCUGGAGUGCCGAGCAGCCCAACGCAACGAUCAGCGCUUGGCGCACGUUUCUCAACAACGUCUGCUCCUUUGCCGCGGCCUCCAUCGUCCAUCACCAGGAUGCGCGCACGCGCGCCAUGUUCUUCUCUCGCUGGAUUCACACCUGCCAGCACCUCGUGCUCCAGGGUGACAUCAACAUGGCCCAUCGCCUCAUGUCCUGUUUUCACAGUCCCAUCCUGGUGCGGCUCACAGCCACGCGCCAUCACUUCUCCUCCGACACGACCACGGCCCUCAACAACCUGGCGCAGCUCUUCUUCGACUCGGAUGACGAGUUGUAUCUGCAGCAUCUGGAGAGAGCGGCUUGUGAUGAAACGCUUUUGUGCAUACCGACCCUGGAGCAUCUGGUGGCUGAUCUUCGAGCCCAGCGAGAGGCUGCUCAAUCAUCCCAAAAUCCUCACAAGGAUCUCGAGGGGUUGAUUGACGUCCAGACCGCGAUUGACGACUUUCUCAUGUUUCAAGUCCGCAGCACUGCCGCGCACAGGCAGCCUUCGCGCCUUCGAACGAAACUUAUUCACAUUCUUUCACAUGCGCCAUCUGAGGAUGCCUUGAUGGCCGCGUCCAACAUGUGCGAGCCCAGCAUUGUGCACAGCCUGCGCACCUACCGGGUACAAGGGCGUGAUGCCAUGAAACGAGCUUGCUGUGGCUCGAGCAAGCCCGAACUAUUUGCUCGAUGGCUGGCCGAUGGUCGUCGGCCCCUACUCUUUGACCAGCUUUCGCGCCAAGGCUUGAAUAUGCCAUCGAUGGAAUGUUCGCGGGUGGAGCUUGAGUUGCGCGUGCAAGAUUUGGUCACGCAGCUGUGGUCGAGCCUGUGGACCAACCGCAAAGCGGUGUCGGAAGAGGAUUGGGAGCUGUGCCAGCAGUUGGUCCCCUUGUUUCCGUCCUUUGCGGUCAUGGCGUCCAGCGCUGAUGCCGUGCGCCCCCAUGAUGUGGCACAGGUGCUAUACGAGGUUCACUUGUAUGGCAGCCAUCGUUGCAUGCCGCAUCUGUUUGAUCUCAGUCCUGCUCCAGCGUCACUGCUGGCAUGUGACCAUUGCCAACAGCCCAUCCAAUCGUUGUGUGCAACGUGCCAGGACUGCGAGCGCCAUGCCCAUGCGGAAUGCUCACUUUUCAUCAGCCGAAACUGCUCCGUGCUUUUCAAAGCCAAGCCCAUUUUGGCUGGUGCUGGUCGUCUCCAGCAAGCCGCUUCAUCUGCCGCCUCGAGCGUUGAGCGGCGUUCGGCAUCGAGUACUGUGCGCCACGAUUCCAUGGAUUCAGAUGGCUCAGCCAUGUCCAUGGAUUCAUCAACACCGCCGGCGCCCAUGCCAUCGCCCCUCACGAUGCGGUCGCACGGCAGUGGGCCACGCCGCAUGGUGAGCACGAUUGGCGGACAUCGCAUGCUGGCACAAAUGGAGGGGCAACGCCUCCGAGAUGCCUAA